GUACGCCCUUGCUCUCACUCACAUAUGCGGUGGAUGGCUUUUCCAUUUCCACUUUGCUUUGCAGAGUUCAACAUCAUUUUCUUUGAUAGGAUACCAUUGGUCAGCUUUCAGGACCUGUCAUGUCUGUUUAGAAGGGCCCCAGCCUUUACAGGCCUCCUUCCAUUUUCUCCCACUAUCCGUAAUGUCGUUUUGAUGAGGACAGAGUCCUUGAGUGCACUGUGCUGUAAAGAGGAUUCAUUAUUGCAACAAGUCUAUUUUAAGCCAAUUUCUAUCAGGUUUAUUACAUCCUGUGAAUUCAUUACACUUCUGUUCACCUGUGUUGGAGGCAUGUGACAGAGUUAUCACCCUUCCUUGCAGAGGGCAGGGAUGGAUGGCUGAGUGGCUCUGUUUUAAGACCUAAUGGCCUCUUAUUUAAUACAGUUUUAUCUUCAUCCUCCCUUAGCAAUCAUCGCCUUAAAAAAUAUAAUCUCCAUUAUAUCCAUUCUGUUCUCUGCUGCAGAACAAAUCAAUGCUCCUCUCUGGUGGUUUGAGAUGGUUUAAGUGUGUUGGAAAUCUGAAGGAAUCAAUUGCACCCAGGUGCAUAGAGAGGCAUGUAAGUGGAGGGUUCUUUCUCCCCCUAGAGAGAAAUGGCUGGCAAGAUUGGCUCCUGUUCUCAUGACACAGCAGCUUUGUUUCAAUUUCGUCCCCUUCAAAAAUAUAGCUGUGAGUGCUAAAUCUUCCAUGCCUGACUGCAGAGUGCAGAGACCAAUAUAAAGUUACAUUUCACUUUGGACUGACAGGUGGAAAGCCAUAAUCAUGUCCCUUUCUUCAUGAUGAAUGAUGAAUUCUCAAGAUAUAAAGUGGAUCCGGGAUGGCCACACUGUCAGUGAAGAGUACAUGCUGGUGGCUUCAGAUAAGAAGCAAGCUUUUCAAGAAAUGCCCUCCUUUAUACAAAUCACGGUUGCUGAAGAUUCUGGGACACUGUUAAAAUAGGUUUAUGCCACCAGGAGUGGGGGAAAGGACACAAAUUUGUUCUCAUAGCAGAAUAUUAAAUUUACCAGCUCUUUCCUUUCUGCAGGAUGUGUCCCAUGACAGUCACUGAUGCAGUUCCCAGCUUAUCCAGGGCCUGAUUAUGGCUCCAGUUCUGUGUUUUGUUAUGAGUACAGUGGUACCUCUGGAUACGCACACCUCUGGUUGCAUAUCUUUCAGGAUGCAAACGUGGCAAAUCCGGAAUUAAUUUUCCGGGUUUCGUCACACGCGCAUGCGCAGAAGUGCUCUACGUGCCGCGCGCAUGCACAGAAGCGGCACCUCCGGUUGCGAAUUCCUCGGGAUCCAACCGGAGCUCCAGAACGGAUCCCGUUUGCAACUGGAGGUAUCACUGUAUGUCAGUGUUAUAUGAAAGAGGGAUAAAUUUUCCAACAAUGUUCUAUACAAUGGCUGGACACUGUCCUCUGAGUGCAUCUAUGUGGCAAACUGAGAUGUCUGCUGGUGGUCAAGUCUACUUGAGAAUUGGCAACCCAGACUGCUGUUUCAAAUAGCAGGUUCAACAACUAAAUCAGCUAGGUGUCCCAGCCUGCUAAUUCAGGUAGCGGGUACAGCAACAAUUCAUGAGAAAAUCUUUUUGUAUUUAGAUGCUACACCUGACAUUUAUAAAACAAGUAGAACCUGCAGCAAAAUGUUGCAGUGUGGAAUGCUCCUAUUCAGUGCUUCAUUCAGCCAGCCAUACACAUACCCCAUUUCAUUCUCUCUCCUACCUGGUUUUUGAUAUUUUUUUUCCCUCUCCCUUCCCCCCCCCCCAAAAAAAGCAUUGUGUGGGUUGUUGUUUCUUGAACAUUUGCAAAUCUUGAGGUUCCCCCAAACUUGAUAAUGCCUCCUCCUUGUGCAUGGUUUUGAUUACAUUAGCAUCAACACUCAGCUUUGAAGUUUGGAAAAAGAAGAAAAUGAUGUAGCAACCCACAAAAAUCCUGGUCUCCAACACCCUCUCCUUCACCAAGAAGCAAGUGAUCAAAGAUAUCUGAGCACCAUCUUCUCUCUUUAGGUGUGCAUUUUUGCUUAUUCAAGCUGCAGACUCUCAAAGCAAGACCUCAGAGACUGCAUUGUAAGGGGAUUGGUCUGUUUCUCUCUUAACCAGAGUUUCCGUCUUGCAAAGCAGCCAGCUCUCUCCUUUCUGUGGAGAGGCAGCCAGCAUCUAAUCAGGCUUCACUCCUUUGUUGUAGUUAUUGAUCCUCAGCACUGUAAGAUGCAAAUAGCCAAGCCUGACAGGAUUCAGGGUGUUUUAUCAUCAAUGGAGAGUAAUUAUGCUUGGCUGCACCAAUAUUGGAUUGUUAAGCCCCAGGAUAAUGCGCAAGGUAAAGACAUUUAGAAGGCAGUCCACCUUGGGAAUUUGUGUAAAUGUGAUGGAUAGAGUGAGAGAAGGAUAGCUGAAUUACAGCCCUCGGGGACUGACAGAUGCAUGAGCAGAGAGGGAGGAGGGUGGAUGUAGCCUUGAUGAUCUUGCAGGUGGGGCACAAGAUAGCACUGCCUUUGAUGCUCAGUCCCAACAUGGACGCAAGACUAUAAUUUUCCAUUGCUACCUACUCUUAACAAUGUGCCAUACAUUUGAGAGGGAAGCAUGCACUCCAGAAAUUGCUGAUGGAGUGGUUUGGCAAAGGCUGUGCAGCUUGCUGUUUAUAACGUGUUUUGUUGAAGUAGUAUUGCUUUGGCCUGGGGAGGUGCAGGAGUGGGGUGGGCAUGCUGGGGCAGGAGGGGUUCGUGCCUUCAUGGUGAUUUAACCCAGCAGAUGUGGUAGCACAAAGGAAAAAUGAGCAGUGGUUGAACAAAAAUAUUUAGACCAAUAUGUUGAUAAGAAGCAGGCUAUAGGUUUUGGGCAACAGAAGGAACCAAGGACCUCUGUGUAGGAAAGGUUGCGCGAGUACAUGUCUGUGUGCUCAGGUGUGGAUAUUGUACCUCUGCACAUUGUGUAUGUCACAGGAAUUCAGGAGCCCUUAGGUCCAGUGUCAAUGGAUCUCUUUUCUAAUCCUCUUUCUAACUCCAUACCAAGUAGGAAUACAGACUGAGAAACCUUAGUACAGUUCUUUUAUCCAUUUGGUACAAGCAGAAAAACCCAGAACUCACCCUGGGCACUCACAGCACAUUCUGAGGACUCUCUCCUGCUCUUGGUUUUGCACAGAAAAGGAUGGAGGAACCUAUCACCCUCUGGAUGUUGAUGGGCUGCAACUCCCCUUGUUCCUGACCAUUGGUCAGGCUGACUUGCACUGAUGGGAAGUACAGUCAAACAACCCCUGUAGGGCCACAGGAUUCCACAUCCCCAAUAUAGAGGUUCACUUUAUAGGUAUAAUAACCGUUUUUGUCUCUUAUACAAUUGGAGCUUAAUUGUAUUCAGGAGGUUUGGCUGCAAUCCGAUGUGUUCCACCAUGGGAACAUAGGAAACUGCCUUAUACUAAGUCAUGCCAUUAGUCCAUCUACCGGUAGUUCAGUAUUGUUCACACUGGCUGGGGUUUACCAGGGUUUCAGGCAGAGUGGUCUUUCCCAGCCUUACCUGAUGGUGCUGAGGAUUGAACCGGGAACAUUCUGCAUGCAAAGCAUAUGUUCUGCCACUGCCCUUCCUAAGUGAACAAAUCACACAUUGCUGAUCUCGCUCAAUGUUUCCUUUUUGUUUGGGACAUACUGAGUCCUUUCGUCUGAGCCCUAUGAUGUGUGUGUGAGAGAGAGACAGGUGGCCAGAGAACACCAAAGGAGAGCCAUGUAAACAUGUGACUAACAAACAGGAGCUCUAAAAAAAAAAAUCAAUCUCAAGUGCUCAGCAACUUGCAGUAAAGACCUUCUAAAUGGAUAAAUAGCAGAGUCUCAUAUUGACAUAAGAAUCUGCCUAACCUUUGCAGAGUCUGGUGCAUGAACUAGCUAAGCUGCCCUCGCUGUGGGGGGGAAAUGUAUCUCUCUACAAAGAUGCUGUGUUAGCUAGCUAAUCCCCAGCUCUGAUCAUUGCAAACCUGUAAGUAGACAGGGAAAAUCUCCUUUCCUGGUUGUUAUUCAUGCUGAGUGAAUCUCAUACCUGUAAAAUAAAAUAAAAACGUUGAGCUUUUUUCCCCCAGGUAUCUAUGAAAUUUUCAAGAUGGGUUGUAGGUAAAAGGGAUUUUCUUGUGAGGCAACUGUGACAGGCAAUCCCCAGUGAAGGUCCGUCUUGACACGAUACUUGCCUUCAAAAAUGAGAAUUGUAUUGCAAAGCUGUAACAUAUUGUUGUCAAUCGGAUAUUUUGAUUUUUAGUAGGGACAGGACUACAAUGCAUCUCCUUGGCUGUAUUGCAACUUCCCACAGCCUGGUACCCUUUGGACUAGAGUUCCCAUCAAUCCCAGGCAGCAGGCCCAAUGGUCAGGGAUGAUGUGAGAUGUAGUCCAACACAUCUGGAGGGAACCACGUUGAGAAAAGGCUUCUCUAAUCACUGUGCCACAAUCCCUCACAAUGGAAAAUAUGACAUGAUUCUAGAUCAAAUUGAGCUGAAUCCUCAUAUUUCUUUGUGGGCAGGGCCUGCAGCAGUAGCUGAUUGGAACAUCUUCUAACGGAGAAUCGCUGUUUGCUGCAAGAUUGACAGGUGGUAGCCCCCACCUUUGGUGCUCUGGCUUUUCAGAUGCCUAAGCUGCCUCUCCAUUGCUUCAUUCUGGUGACUACCUAAGUUGCCUUUGGAAAUGGAAGAGAGUGGGUCCAAAACGAAGAGGAAAGAUACUUGCGGGAACUCACAAGUGGGGAGAGCUGCUGCUGCAUUCCAGUUCUGCUUGCAGGCUUCUCAUAGGCCAGACCAGAUGGGUCUUCAUAUGAAUAAGGAUACACUUCUUCUAAUGCUGUUUGUGCAAUACUACAUCUGGAAGUUGUGGCAGUUGCCAGUACAAUAAUGCCAACCUAAAUCAUUGCAUCAGCAUGGCAUUUGCAAGUUGAUUUGUAACUCUAGCACAGUGCCCGAAGUUAUGGCAUUGUGCUGGUAUAUUGCACUCCAUCCUGGGACCUCCUUAUAAAAGGCAUGAAAUGUCUCUAGCCUGAUCUGGUGCAUGGGGAAAGCGGUGUUUUUUUAUUUUAAAAAAAUGUGGAAGAUACCCCUAUGUAUAAAGAUUUUUAAAAGCUAUUUACCACUCUUGAAUGGAUGUCCUGAACUGCCCUGGUUAAGGAACAUACUGUAGAAAGGAUAUAUUGCAAGUUAUAAGAACGUAAGAACAUUAUCACACCCUGCUCGAUCAAGCAGUGGCCCACCUGGUCCUGCAUCCUGCUCUCACAGUAGCCAUCCAUCAAGCAGGUGCCGAGUACAUCUCUCCCUUCCUGCAGUUUCCAAUGACUAGUAUUCAGAAGCACACUGCCUCCAACAGUGCAAGCGGAACAUAGUCAGUGGAGCAUAGCCAUCCAGGGUUAGUAGCCAUUGAUAGCCUUAUCCUCUGUGAAUCUAAUCCUCCUUUAAAGCCUUCUAAGCUAGUAGGGAUCGCUGCCUUUUGUGGGAGAGAAUUCCAUGUGCACUGUGUGAAGAACAGUCCUGUAACAAAUGCCUUUGGUUAUCCAGAAUGUGGAGAUGGAAAGAUUAAAGCAAAAUCUGUGGAGCAAAAUAUUAGAAUAAUGGCAAAAUAUCACAGCAGAAUUAUGUUGAAGAGAAUGGCACAAGUCCUGUAUUUAUUGGUGGAUGAAUCUGAGGAGUUAUUGUCCACUUUUUUUUUCAAAAGUAAAAAAAAAAGCUGGUGAAAAUUAGGCCUAAUGCCCUCCACCUUCUUUGAUUCAAACCCUCCUGAAGCUGCCCCAUUCUUCCAUCCCAUCAGGGUUCCUUCCUUCCUGUUCACUUUGUCCUCAGUUUUUCCUGGAUUUUAAAAUGCCCCCGCUUUCUGUGGAACUACAGAAUAAUUGGAAGGAGCAGUGUUUUUCUUUUUCUUUUUCUGGGUUGUAUGGUUUGGGGAAACUAAAGUUUCUCCUCUCUCCCCAGCCUGUCUGAGUACAAAUUGGUAGGCUUCUGACGUUGUAUGCAUCACACAAUAAAGCCAGAACCUUAGGAAGAUGCUAAUCUGUCCAGCCAUCUUAAACCCCACAUUUUAUGCAUACAGCAUGAGUGUACUGUAUACGUGCAUAUCUAUUAAAUGUAAAACACGUGUGUGUAAUUGUAUUUGCCAUACCCUGCACCAAAGUAGUUAUUUCUUUUUAUUGGGAAAAUUGUUAGAUUUGAUGGCAGUAUGUAAUUAGUAGCUUGCCAGCCCUAAUUACAGGCCUGUGCUCCAGCAGAACUGAUGUAGUGUUUCUGUGUGUAUGGUGUACCAUGAAAUAGGAGUUUGGAAGGGUGCCACGUUGCUGGAUCAUCAUAUAUUUGCCAUGGCGAAAGGCUGUUGCUACAAUAGUUUAUGUGGUGACGGGAGUGGGAAGCAAGCGCUGCGCGUAUUGCAAACUAGAAGACUUCCUUUGUUAAACGAACCACAAUUGCCAACCACAAAUUACAGCUUCGCAAACUGUAGAUUUUAAGCCUGGGCUCUUUGUGUAAACAGAAGUUUCUUUGUGUGUGUGAGUGAGUGAGUGAGCAUAACUUUGGGGUGGGGGUGGGGAAAGCCUCAGUCUGUUUGGUGCCAUUAAACAGAGUUACAGUGUUUGUUUAAAGUGUCAGAUCCAGAAGCUCAAGGCUCUAGAAAUGACAGUGUUUCAACAGAGCAGCUAUAUUGCAAGCUGCCAUCUCAAAAAACUUUCGCCCUCCAAGUGUUGAUCAAUGGAUGUUCAGCAACAUAUUGGAGAACACCAGGUUGACCUACCCCUGCUUUAGUUUCUUGCGAACCGUUAACACUUAAAACCUUAAUUUUUUUAACAAGUAUUAACAGUAUUAACCAUUAACAAGUAACAAAAACAUACAAAUAAAACACAAAAUCAAUAGCUUGGUAGUAUACAAAGUUACAAAGCACCAGAACAAAUGGAGAGAGAGAAGCUAAUACCAAACUCACCAGCUCUAAAUUAGAUGCCAACGGCAAACCUGAACUGGCUCACCACCACUGAAUUAGACUAGACUGAACGGGGAUGGUGAGCAUUUUAGUGCACUCAUCCUGAUUCAUAAGCAUUGGAGUGACCACCAUGUUCCAAUAAAUAUCUCGGAUUCUAUUAACCUUCUGCGGUCUUUGUUGUUGUAUUAAUUUUUCCACUAGUUCUAAGUUCCACACCUUAUUCCAUCAGCCACCCAUUGUAAACUGGGGACUAUGGGUGGUAUCCAAUGUGCUUGUUCUUUUAGCAGAAGGGUUUACACAAGUGCAAUAGUACGUCCCCCCCCCUCGUUCAUCCACGUCCCCUAAAUGUGUUCUGGGAUUUCUUCCAGCCCUCUACAGCAGAUCUGGGGAGGGUACUGGGCAUGUGUGGGAACAACCUAUUUAGCAUCAGUGUGGUGUAGUGGUUAGAGUGUCGGACUAGGACCUCAGAGACCAGGGUUCAAAUCCCUGCUCAUCCAUGAAGAUCACUGGGUGACCUUGGACCAGUCACUGCCUUUCAGCCUAGCCUGCCUCACAGGCUUGUUGUGAAAUGAGGAGGGGGAGAACCAUGUACACCAUCAUAAAUUCAUUGGAGAAAAGGGAGGGAUAUAAAUGUAAUAAAUACAUGAAAUAAAUAGUCUUAUAUUGGAUGUAACCUUAUGGUGACAAUGAUGGGCAAAUGCCAUUUUACGGAAUGGUUUUGUGAUAGAGCAAGAUGCAUUUUAGAACAGUAGUAUGCAUCCUGCAAGUGAUGAAAAAGGCCUUUGCUUACCUUACAUGAAGAGCUGCUGUCAUUUAGAGUGGACACUAAUGAGCUUGAUGGACAAACAGUAUGACCUGUUAUAAGCCAGCUUCCUGUGUUCCUACAGUGGCUGGAGGAACAAAGAGAGGACAAAGCAGUCUCUUCCAAGUGACAACAGCUUGAUCAAAUGGAAGUCAGAGAGCCUGCUCGUCUUUAGCCACCCACUCCCCCAGUAGCAGCUGACUGGAUCUUCCAGUCCUGCCCUCAUGAUUUCCAGGUUAGAAUGGCCUACGGUUCUAUCCCUUAACCAGUAGUCCCAGCAGUACAAGGAGCCAGUACCUGAUUCACAGGGCUCCCUCUUUAAACCUUUCAGCUCCCAAGCUCAUAAUGUUGUGUCAUCACUACUGAUUGACAGAGAACCAAGCAAAUGGCGCAGCAGUACCAUUGGGCAGAUCUGGAAGUGGCUCAUAUAUAUGUCGUUAGGAAGACCUUUUGGCAACCCAUAAAUGGCUGGCACAAAUCAACACACCCAAUAUGUUUUGUUUGCUUAUUUAACAUUUAUAUACAUAAGUGGUUUUCAGAAUAGCAGAUACCAUGUGUGUAUAUAUAACUAAACAAUGAAUCUGAAAGACUACAAUGCAACACAAUAAUAAAAAUGCGCCCCAAACAAGCAGCACAUUUUGUAACAUCAUCUCUAGGGUUUGGGGUCCCCUUUUCAUCCUCCCUCAUGCCAAGGCACACCCCGACCCACAAAAUACAACACUUUGCCCUACCCAGCACAUAUUAAUCAUACCCAAAUCCUGCCUUACACAAAUCAUACAAUAGCAGCCACUCAUUCAGUAUCACUCAUCACAUUCUGCUCCCACACCUCAUGCACAUCCAUCAGUACAGACAAGCACACCACCCACCUGGGCACUCCCAUUAUCUCCCACUCAAUCAUCAGCCACUGUCACCAGUCACUCCUUCCACUUAACAAAAAUGUACCGCUGCAAUGUAAUGUAAAGUAAAUGUAAUGUUUUGGUAAUUUCUUCUAAUGGUCCUGUAAGUGGCGGGAGAGUGCAGCAAGGCAGGUGUGCCAAAUGUAGGAUACCUAGUAACCUCAGCGCAGCACUGUGGGAGGUGGCGGACUCUCUUUCAUUGGAGCUUUUUCAACAGAGGCUGGAUGGCUGUGAUUCCUGCAUUGCAGUGGGUUGGACUCGAUGACCCUUGGGGUCCCUUCCAACUCCACGGUCUUGUGAGAAUUCAUCGUGGCUUAGCAUAUGGUUGCUAGCCUUUAUCCGAAAUAAGCAACUGUUGUUGUUGUUGUUGUUGUUGUUUUUAGUAAGCCCAUAGGACGUAAGUGAAGGGUAUUGUGCACUGAAAUUAUUUCUGGAGAAAAUGCAAGCUGGAGCCAUAGGGUUCUGCAGAAUGAAACAUGUCGUUAAAAAUCUCUUUAUGGUGGGUAGAAGGAAAUUGACUGCUUAACAUGAGAGGUGCACUGUGGUUGCACCCAAGGACUUUUUCUCUGAGAUUGCCUUCUAUUACCUUGCAGAUCAUUAGUGUACCCAGCAUGAUUUUGAAAUACAUCAUUUUGGCAGCGGCAGCAAGCUGAGGAUGGGUUUCUGUUAAUAUCUUGCCUUUAGUAAUACAUAUUUCCUCAUGCAGAGUGCUAACGGGAAAUGCAAUUUUUAUUACACUGGACUUAAAAACAAAGAGGCUUUGAUGUUUCACUUUAUGUGUGUCGCUCCUGCCUCUCACAGUCACCUUCCUCCUAUGUUUUAAGAAGCCGAAACGGCUUUGGGCUCAAUUAUGCGGGCCACUGUAAACACCCACAGGAGGUAGAGCCCUUUAUAUAGAGAGGUAGGGGGAGGAAAGAGAGAAAGGAAUAAUGAAAUUUGGAUUGAAACAGAAACAAGAUUUUACCAUUUGUGUGCUCUGGGAAGGAGCACUCACACAUAUGAUCACCAGGCAAAAAGAAAUCGCUUACCCCCAUGGUGGCUUUCUCCCUGUUGAAUUCAACACCUUAACUGGUUGCUUGAGUUUGGAUCUCCCAUUCUGUUGGAUCAAUGCAGCUACAAACUCCCAAGCCAAAUAAACACCGGCAGCAGCCCCCACUCUCUAUAUGGUCCACAAACAAUUGAGCUUGAUGUUUCUUGCACAUUUAAAAUAAACAAAGAAUCUUCCAUGCUUGGCUUUUCAGCCACCGAUAGCACAUCCAUUGCAAUGCAAUUUACACAGUCGGAUAGGCCGGUGGGUAGCUGGAAGUGCAUUAGGCAGGUGGCCAGCUGCUAGAGCCCAAAUUAAUACAGAGGAGAUGGGCAAUCAUGGCUGGGCUGACUGACUCAGGUGACCACAAAUAGCAGGUGGUCCUAAGUACUAGUUUCGAUGCACUAGAUAAGGCAUCCUGCUGAAAUGUCAGCUCCAGCUUCCCCCUCCCUCUCCAGCAUUCAUCAAGAGCAGGAUGUGAACUCUCUCCCCCCCCCCCGCCCCGCUGGCCCUAGCUGGCUUGUCAGCUCUAUUGAUGGAAUCAAAACAUGGUGAAAACAAUAUUUUAAAAGGCCGUCUAAGGGUCAAUACACACACGGUUGCUGCUUGGAGGCCAUUUUAAAUCACUUCCCUUUGGUGGCUGCCUCAGUACGGCAAGCCAUUCAUACAAAGUGGCCUGCUGUGCUGUGAAGCAUUGUGCCACUUACUUCCACCACCACAGAAAUGUGGGUCUGUGGUGGCAGUAGAUUGCGUGGCAGGUUGUGCCAGACAAACAGCUUGCAUUGAGGGGGCAGCUGUUGUGGAGCACGGUGUUAGGAACAUAGGAUAGGAAGCUGCCUUAUACUGGGUGAAACCAGUGGUCCAUCGAGCUCACUGUUACCUACGCUGACUAGCAGCAACUCCUCCAGCUUUCAAACAAGGGAUCUUUCCCAUCCCUGCCGGGAGAUGCCAGGGGGAUCGAACCUGGGACCUUCUGCAUGCAAAGCCGUUUGUUUGUUUGUUUGUUUGUUUGUUUACAAUAUUUAUUAGCUAGCUUUAAUACACUCCUGAGGUGGCUUCCGUAUGAUAACUGAUCUAGAAAACAGCAUCAAACUGAUUUCAGAAGCCACCACACAAUGGUAACCUUUUAAAACACACACACAAAAAAAUGUAUAUUUAUAUGUUAUAAGAAUUGUCCUAACAGACCCACAUAAUAAACCAGUUUAGAAGCAGUUAAACCAAUUUAAAACUAGUGAAAGGUUUGUAACCAAAGUUUUUAAAAAACCAAAUUGAGCCACAGCACCAUAAUGCUACUUAUUCUUAUGUAUCAGCCCCAAUGAAGCAGAGUGUCUUUUCUGGGUCUCUCCUUCUCACCUCACUUUUUCACUUGACCUUCCAUGGAGACAAGGGGAUCUCCCGGAGGAGGAUAAAAAGGAAGCUUAUUAUGGGACCGCUCUGCUACCUGGGAUCAAUUUACUAUAUCUCAGGGCAGUGGCGGAGCCUCAUGCUCCGGCACCGGGGGCAGGGCUGGUGCCCGUUCUGGGGGCAGGGCAUGCCUCCCGGAGCGGCGGAGCAUGUGUUCCGGGGUGGGGCAUGCGUUCUGGGGGUGGGAUGCGCCUCCCGGAGGGGCGUAGCAUGCGUUCCGGGGGCAUAGCGCGCCUCCCGUAUUGGCAUGACACGCGUUCCGGGGGUGGGGUGGGCGCCCGUGAUGACGCCCCUUGGAGCUCGCUGCUCGGGGCGGCCCCACCCCCACCCCUAUCUUCCUACGCCCCUGUCUCAUGGCUAAGGAUAGAUGGAUCAGUCCAUUUCACAUCUAUGUGUUUCUAAUUUUUCCAGUCAUAAAUUCAGUUCUCCACAUUUUUUCAGCGUUUCACAGUACUGUAUUUAUUAAUUUUAACUCAUGAAAAGUUAUCUGCGUUUUGGUGCAAAUUUAUACUAAUAUAUACAUUUUUAUAUGCAAUUUUGCCUAACAAACAUUUUACAAAGCAAUUUCCAUGCAUGUUUCACUAAUAAUGCACAUUUUACCAUACCAUGUGCCUUGUACAUAUUAUUUGACUGGAGAACUGCACUGCAAAAUUUGGAGAUGGGUAAUUUCAAAGGAUGGAUGUGUUCUGGUUCACAUAUUGUUUCAGAGAGUGCAAAUUUUGUAGGUUUGCCUUUAAAUGUGAACUUACCGUAAUUGAAUUUUCCCCGCACCCCUACUCUGUGUGCAUUCUGAAUUACGAGUUGCACCCUGGUCUCCCUAACUGCCUGAAGGUGGGUCUUGAAGGACUAAGUUUGGCCCCCUCCACCAGCUGCUUCCUUUCUCUCCAGCUUCCCAAGCCAACCUGCACAGCCUGUGCAUACAAAGAUUGAUCCAAUGGCUUAUGUGUGUGUGUGGUAAACAAAGAGAGGCACCUGGAAAGUGGGCUGCAUAUUUUCAAGGUUCACAAUCGGAUGCAAAAAAAGAACAAAACAGGCAGUGAUUAUAGAUAGAUAUUGCCACUGCAAGAAGAAACAGAAGCAGCUCUAAAGAUAUGUGAUAAUUAGGAGACUAUAAUCACACCCUGUAUAUGUUACAAUAUACAUUAUUCCAGAGACUUAAGAGGAAGAUAAUUUGGGUGGUCACUUGCAGAAGGUCCAAAAAGAAGAAAUGCAUCACCCCCAAAAAUGGGUGAGGGGAGACUAAAACAGAUGAAUUUAUAUAAAAUUUGCAUAUGCUAGCAUGUGUAUAUAUAUAUAUACAAGUUUAGAAAUAAUUACAUUUUACAUAGAAAUGCAAUACAUCUUCCUAUAGUGGAAAGACUGUUACCAGGUGAACUGUGUGCCUGCUCAAUCUGCUGACCAGGUGCUCCCUGUUGAUAGACAACUUCACAACCCCUCCUUUCCCUUCUUAUUAUGGUCCUUUCUUCAAACUGGACUUGGCCCAAAUUGGCUUUCAAGUAGAAUAAUGAAUGUCUUGCGUAAAGCAGAGCACAUGGUCACCCUAAGUCUAGUCCACUAAGUUAUUUAUUUAGAUCACACAAUGGAGUGCUCUUGAAGUUGCUCAUCAGACACUUCCUAGCCAUACAAAACCAGGGAAGAGGAACCUGUAGGCCUCUAUAUGUUGCUGAACUGCAGCUCAGCCCCAGCAAGCAUGGGCAGUCACCAGGGAUAAUGGGAGUUGUAGUUCAGCAACCUCUGGAGGGCCAAAGGUCCCUCAUAUCCAUUAUAAGUCAUAGAAGAGGAACGUGUAGCUCCACAGACAUUGCUGAAUCACACAGUGGUAUAGCUACUGCUUGGGUGCCCAGGGCAGCACAUGCAACCUUUAGUCCAGCAAUAUAUAGCGAGGGCAACAAAUUCCCCCUUCUUAUCUUUUAUCUUCUUUUCUUUCCUCCCUUGCCUAAAUAUUACUUCCAAGCAGAAGCAAUAAGCACGGUGGAGAAGAGGAACAGAAGGGAAAAUAAAGGAACAUGUUCCCACUUCAGCAAAGGGGCAGGGACACAUAUAGAGAGAGAGAGAGAACAACCCUAAUGAACAUUAAAACAAUGAAUAGCUAAUGAAAUCCUAAUACAUAAAUAACAGAAUAAUAAAUAUAUGUAUUACAAAUACUUGGUAUAAGUCAAUAAACAAUGACAGAAGUGAAAUUAAGCAUCAUCUGUGGUACAAAGGCUUCAUAGCACAGCUGAUGAGCGCUUCUGUCAUUGUUUAACACAUUUUGCCAUAUGUUCACUUCAUUCGUGCUUUUUUGAAUUUUGCCAAGUAUUCAUAUUACAUAUAUUUAUUUUUCCAUUUCAUGUGUAUUAGGUUCCAUUAGCUAUUCAUUUAAUGCUUCCCCCCAGUAUGAAUAAGCAGCUAUAACUACCGGUAUGGGGAGGAACCAUAGCUCUAGGGCAGAGCAUCUGCUUUGCAUACAGGAGGCACCAGGCUCAUUUCCUUCCAAGCAUCUCUCUUAAAAGGAUCAGGUAGCCUAUGGCUGUCUCUGCCUAAGCAGAGAGCCACUGCCACUCCAAGCAGGCAAUACAUAGGAAACUGCCUUAUACCAAGCCAGGCCGUUGCUCCAUUGCUCUACCACAGCAUGGUCUACAUGAGGCAUUCCCAAACUGCGGCCCUCCAGAUGUUUUGGCCUACAACUCCCAUGAUCCCUAGCUAACAGGACCAGUGGUCAAGGAUGAUGGGAGUUGUAGUCCAAAACAUCUGGAGGGCCGAAGUUUGGGGAUGCCUGGUCUACACUGACUGGCCGUGGCUUUCCAUGGUUUAAUACAAGGGGCAUUCCCAGCCCUAACUGGAGGUGUCAGGGGUUGAACCUGAAACCUUCUGCAUGCAAAGCAGCUGCUCUAACACCGAGCUCUGGACCUUCACCUGAAUACUGGGCCAGAUGCACCAUUAUUCUUGCCUAUUGUAGGGCAGAUUUCCUUGUUCCUCUUAAUGCAGGCCUAGUCUAGUGUGCCACUAAAGGUCUAGUUCUCUGGGCCAAAUGAGAUAUGAUGUUAUAAACACAGAACAAACUCAGUCACACAGAAAUAGUGUUAAGGGCUCCAUUUUAGCAAUGAAGUGACCAUGCAGGUGAGAGGAGCUGUUCCAGGGCACAGUCUGACCUCAAAACGCAAGACACAACAAACCUCCUGAAAUAAGUAUUGAAAUAAUACUAAAGGAUGUCCCUUCUCGUAUGCUCGAUUGCCAGUUGAGGCCCUGAUAUAACAUUGUGAAGUGAGGCUGGCAUCAGCUAGGGGUAAGGCCUUUUCUUAUGUGCCUCAUGUUUUGUGGAGUGCCUAAUGGAAUGAAGCCAAUCCGGUCCCAUCACUGUUUCGCUUAAGGUGGCUGGUAAAUACCUGGUUCUUUACAAACUCCUUUAGUUAAUGAAGUGACCCGCCACUGGCUUAGAUUUUUUGUUUUAUCUUCUGCUGCUGGAAUUGUUCGAUCUGCCAGAUAUUGUUAUAUAAUUAUUUUAACCAUGUGAUGAGAUUGUGUGUGUGUGUGUGUGUGUGUGUGUGAUUGUGCUUUGUUUUACCGUUUUCAUUAUUGAUCUGUUAGCUGCAUUAAGGUGGGAUAGUAAAUGUUAAAAUGAUGCCUUUGAAAUUAAAUAGCCAACAGUGUGCUUCCUUGAAUGGAAUGAAGUAACUUCAGACAGCUGCCUCCAUAAUGCCCAGUUUCCCACCAUAGCAGCAACAUUUUCAAAGGAGAAAGCUCUUCAAAGGGUCCUGAAAACAAAUGGUUAAUUGAGCAGAAGUGAAUGGGUGUUUAUUCAUGAAGCUGAGCUGCCCUAGGCAAAAGCAAUCAAGCCACCUCCAUAUUCCAACACUGCCACUAAUGAGAGCCAUAGCUUUAGCGGUCCUGAGACUUGAGAACAUUUCAGAAUAUUCAGAGAAAGAUUGUCUUCCUGAACAUUUCCCCACCUUACUCCACCAUGUGAAACACAAAGACCCCAAAUGAUGUGAGGCAGUGGUUUUCCACCUUUCAUAGCUGCCAAGUUUUCCCUUUUCUCGUGAGGAAGCCUAUUCAGCAUAAGGGAAAAUCCCUUAAAAUAAGGGAUAACUUGGCAGCUAUGCCACCUUUCCAUCUGCCUCCCUUGUUAAGCUGUAGCUUAUUUAUCUACUUGCACUUUGACGUGCUUUCGAACUGCUAGAUUGUCAGGAGCUGGGACCGAGCAACGGGAACUCACCCCGUCGUGGGGAUUUGAACCGCCAACCUUCUGAUCGGCAAGCCCUAGGCUCUGUGGUUUAACCCACAGCACCACCCGCGUCCCUUUUACAUACUGCUUAGGUUCCCUUUUAUUAUGCUUCGGCCUUUCAUGCUUAUAAUCUUGGCCUGGCAGUAGGGCAGUGCUAGAGAUUCAAUUACAUCUUUCAUUCCCCUUUUGAAAGAACAUGCUGAGUCCUAGAAAUGCCCAGGAGGAAGUAUGAAUAAGACCAUCUGGAAGAACAAGCCAUCUUCUGAACAAAUGGCACAUUUGUCCCAUUGCAGCAUCCCUUCAAGGACUAUUACCGUAGAGAACCAAGUGAAUGUCAUCCUCCUAAGGAGGGAAGAAGUUUCAGAAGAAGAAACCUAGCAUCUAGGUGGAGGAAAAACUGCAGCCCCAAGUGCUUUGGGGUUUUGGAUUGCAUUUAUGUCAGGACAGCUUAGACAGUUAGGGCUCCCAAUGAUGGUCAGCUAAUUAGAAGGAGGAGAAGGAAGCAGCCAAGCCAAUGGAGGUUAUGAAGAAGAAUGGGAAGUAUUUUCAUGGCUAUAUGAAGGCUUUGAUAUAUGGCUUAGGCUGAAGACUUCCAUCCAUCCUGUUCUAAACUACAGUGCUUUCUGCAGUGCCCAACCAGUCCAAGAGUAAAAAUAAAAACCUGAUUAUUUGAUAGCCACUUCAGAGUUGCUCCUCCAGCCUGAUGCCUGACCACCCAGUGUGAAGGUGAGAGGUUAAACAAAUACCACCCAAUCUUACACCUAGAUUUGUACAUUCAAAGCUUGGAGAGAUCUCUUAGGCUGCAACCUCUGUUGCACUGUUGAUUCUUCAAUCCCUCCUGUCAUAGCUCAAUAGCAGAACAUCAGCUUUGUAUGCAGGGGGUUCCUAGGUUCAAUCCUUGGCAUCUCAAGGUAGGACUGGGAGAGACUCUUGCCUGAAACCCUGGAAAGCCAGUCAGUGCAUGUUCUUCUUCUUCUUCUUCUUCUUCUUCUUCUUCUUCUUCUUCUUCUUCUUCUUCUUCGGUGAUCACUCGUAGCUGGGUAAGAUUGUCUUCCAUAAACACGGUUUUAACAAUGAGUCCGUAAGUGACUGGAGACCAGUUCUGGAUCCACAUGUCCUUCCACAGUGGGGAUACGGUAUUGGUUUCUGGGUGGGAGUUCAUCACGGGGUGGAUUUGCCAAGCGUGCCUUCCUCUUAGCACGUUUCUCCCUUGCGUCCUGAGUUUGAGUGUCUUCAAAGCCCACGACACCUUUGGUAAAGGCUCUUCUCCAACUGGAGCGCUCGCAGGCCAGUGUUUUUACUCCCAGUUGUCAGUGUUUAUACUACUUUUUUUUAGAUUUGUCUUGAGAUAGUCUUUAAACCUCUUUUGUUGACCAUCAGUGUAUGUAGACAAUACCGAGCAAAAUGGGCCAAUGGUCUAAGUGUAAAGAUGGCCAAUGAUCUAACUAUGAUCCUAUGCCUUUGCAGAAGAUCGGGGUGCUGCCCUUUAGUACCACAGGGCACACCCCAUGCUUUUUUCUUCCAUUUUUUUGCCCUGACAGUAGGCAAGAGGCAGGUUCUGUUUUGUUGUAGCCUCUAUACAUUGCUGUUUCUCCCCUAUUGAGAUUUCUUAUUGAAAACAAUAGAGCAUAUGUGCAUAUGUAUAAGAUAAAUGAAUUCAUUUCUUAAAAUCAGUGGCAGUAGCUGUACUUCCAAGCGUAUUAGCUCAGUAUUAUCUACACUUACUAGCAGUGGUUCCCUAGGGUUGCAGGUAAGAGUCUUUCUCAGCCCUACCCAAAGAUGCCAAGGGUUAAGCCUAGGACCUUUUGCACGUGAAGUAUGUCUGCUACCAUGCUCGAAAAGAAUGGCAGACUCCCAACUGCAGCACAAUCUGGAACAGCUAGACAUGAAAUUUAGUAGUAAACCAAUCUAGCAAAAGAAAUACAUUGUAGGUGUUAAUUUGCAGAAACUACAGACCUAAAUGUGUGUUUGUGACCCUACACUACCUUGGCCAUUGUAAGCUCUGAAGUCAUCAAGGCUUAAUGAACAUGGAAGUCAUUUUUCAUGAUCUCAUUUCAUUUCAAAGUCAGCAAUUAUACAUGAAAUAGCACAGCACACCAUGCUAUAAAUACUUUGUGUGUCUCUGAAACACUGGCUGCAUUUACACAUAACACAAAAGUUACAGAGUAUGGUUUGUUUAACUGUGUUAUCCACAAACUGCAUGCUGGUGCACACAGGCCAGCGCUUUCACUCUGCUCCUCUGUUAGUUAAGCAGGGGAACAAACCAUAGAAUUGCUGGCAUAGCAUUAUGCCUGAGCCAGAGCUUGUGGCUUGUUUCUGCCCAACCAAUUGCAACUGGUUGCAAGAACAAAUCCAGGACCGCACCUUGGACUGGAUUUAAAUAAGAAGGCAGGCAGGUGGGAACUGACUGAGGGCAGGCUGAGGUUGGUGGGGCGGUGGCCCAUUUGCCUUGAUAGACCAGUCAACCACUGAGUUGCCAUAUUGCAAUCCAGAGCAUAGUUGUCAAGUUUUCCCUUUUCUCGCGAGGAAGCCUAUUCAGCAUAAGGUAAUUUCCCUAUAAAAAAGGGAGAACUUGACAGCUAUAAUCCAGAGGUGGUGAACCACAGGCCUGGGGGCCGAAUGUGACCUUCCAGCGCUCCCUGUCUGGCCCUCAGGACCCUCCUCCAAACGUCCUGUUUUGUGCGUGCACACGCAGCUUGAAUGUUUUUGCCUGGCUCAAUAUAACACGUCUUGUAGCCCCUGGAAGGCUGCCCAGAAAGGAAUGCAGCCCUCAAGCUGAAAAAGUUACCCCACUCUUUUUUUAACCUGUGAGGCUCACAGGGGGAUUUCAUCAUAACCUACCUCACAGGGUUGUUGCAAGGAUGUGUGAAGCCUUUGGUCCACUAAAAAGCACUGUAUGGUUAAAAAAAAAAAAGGACGACUAAUACUCUUGGCUUAAGUUGCUAAAAACAAAGGUCUAUUAAUAUUACUAUUGUUGUUAUUCCUUCCAAAGCUACUCACCACUCAUUUUCAUGAGGUCAUUGCAUAAGAAGGUGAUGUGAUCAUUACUGUAGGCUUUUGCCUAAAGUCAGUAGGAAUUUGUUUGGUACAUAGGGGACAGCAAGAUCUUCCUUCCUCCUUGAAAGAUUUAUAUUAAAAAAUUCCAAACUGAAAGACGUUUCCCCUCUAUCCUCCCCAGACGGCGAAGCUUGACCCUUUUGAUGUUUGUAUUUACAGUUUGCUCUCAUCUGGAUGUCAUUUGUGACACCAGUUUUCUCCUUACUGCAAUCACUAGGUCUUCCUGUAAAACUCAUUUUGAAUUUGUAGGCCCAGGCUGCUUUCUGUGCUACGGCAGGGCAAUCUAUUUAGCAGACUGCUAGUAGAACCAUAAAGAAGUACUCUAGAGGUCACACUGUGUGCUCUUGUAAAUUUAUCCCAAAUUAACCCUGAUUGGCAUCCUGCUCUCCCACCGUAAAGAGACAGAUGUGGACUCCUUCCAACAUCUGCAGUUUCAUGAGCAGCCUUGCCAAUAAAUUCAGGAACCUCUGUGACCUGGACUUGGGUAAAGGGUUUCAGACACUUUUACUGCCCAGCAGUGACUGGGAACCUUACAGUGAUUAUUAACUACAUUGGAACUGCCUUGUUCAAGAAAACUAGAUUUGACAUCAAUAUCCUGGUCCAGGGUAAUAAUUGUGGCAUGUGUUUUAAUGCAUUUGAUUUCAUAUUUGGUUGUACACGCAUAUGAACAUGCCGUGUCUCCUUUGUUUACAUGGGCUAUGUAGACAAAAUAUGAGUGGCACAGCAGCAGUUACUGGAAACCUCAACCUGCCAGGUGUCCAUGCUUCGUGACUACCUGGGCCAGCAGCUACAUCAAAAUGCCUCUUUUCCAUUGCUGGUUUAUUUAUUUUGGUUUUUUUUUUUAAAUUUAAUUUCAAGGCUUUUGUGCUACUUUCCAAAUAAGUAUCAAAAGCGGUGUACAACAGUAAAAUCGCUUCAAGAUAUUUUGUGGGAAGCGAUUCAUAAGUGGAAUCAAAUAAAUACAUAAAUUUAACCAUGUACUGUACAGAUUUCAUAAAUAUGCAAUAAAACUGUAAACAUGGAAUUACUAGACAGAGGAAUUAGGGUCCCAUAAAAUGCUUUGUGUGGACAGAAAUGGUCUUAAUUGCUGCAAAAAAAUACGUCACUGAAGAUGCUCGCCAGAUCAGCAUCACUGCUUCCAGCAUGGCCUGCAAAAACAUAAACAAAUGACCUCAAAUAAUAAAAAUAAUAUAUCAACAAAUAAAGCAGGAAAAAAUCAAAUUGCAGCAAGCAGCAUAAAACGAACUUCAAUCAAAAGUUUUUUUUAAAAAAAAUUAAAAUGUCACAAUGCCAAAAUGAACUAAGAACUGGUACCAGGCAAGCAUCUCUAGAAGGCAUGCUAAAGGCAGAGCAAUGCUAUUUGAUGUAAGGGCAUGUACACUGAGAGAAAGUGGUCUUUCAGAUAUCUGGGAUUCUGAUCCUUUUGGGACUGUAAAGGUGAGCACCAUCCCUUUGAGCUUGGAAACCAAAGUUUAGCCAUUGCACUUGCAGAAGCAUUUGUAAUCAUCCUAGUCAGCAGCCAGACAGCUAUAGUUUUGCAAUUUGGGAGUAGCCUUCAAAGGCAGCCCCAGGUAGGAUGUAUCGCCAUAGCCCAGGCAUAGGCAACCUUGGCUCUCCAGAUGUUUUGGAACUACAACUCCCAUUAUCCCUGACCACUGGUCCUGUUAGCUAGGGAUCAUGGGAGUUGUAGUUCCAAAACAUCUGGAGAGCCCAAGGUUGCCUAUGCCCGCCAUAGCCUUUAACUGCACAGGGAUAAAGGAAACCAGAAGGAUACAUUGGAUGAAGGUUAUGGAGACAUGUUCCCAAGGGAUUUCUUCUGCUCUUUGUCUUGCAUCUGAGCCAGAUUCUUUCAUUUAUCAUUAUUUUGGAAGGUGACAGGAAGCCAAAGAUAUACAACCCUCCCACCAAUUAGUUACAGGGAUCAGGGCCGGCCCACCCAUCAGCCAAGGUGAGACAUCCACCUCAGAUGGCAGGGUCUACAGAGGCAAGCAGAUCUGGCCUCCAAGGAAUGAAUUGCCAGCUGCUGCUCCUUGGAGGCCAGAUCUGCUGCCUCCCUGACAGCCUCCUCCUCCUUGCCACCUCUACAGCAGCCUCUCUUUCCUGGGGAGGGAGGGAGAGACCAUUUUGUGGUUGGCUUCAGCAGCCACAAUGCUUGGGCUGGCUGCCCCCCCCCCUUUGACCAAGACCCUUAAGGCUGGGCGGCAACGUUGUGGGUUCAUUUGUCCAAAUUUCCCCUUCUUCUGACAUAUCUCCUUUUAUUGAACUGAGCAGCAGUUCUUCCCCCUGCCCCCCCUCCACCCGUUAAACUCUGACACAAGGCUGUGCUUGAGUUGCAACACAGUCCUCCCCGCCCGCCCGCCCCCUUUCCAGCUAUAACUGAGAUAACAAAUCUGGCUCUGCCUCCCAGCCCCCAGAGGGAAGGGGAGGACGCAGCUGGGGUGGGAGCGGGCGAAGGUUUGUUCUGGAGAGCGGGGCAGGUGGGGGGGGGGACACGGUUAGGCGGCUGUAGACUAGCUGCUGCUGUGCCUGCUGCAACAGGGUCCACCCCAGCCUCUGGGCGAGGUGCGGGGACACACACACAGAGAGGAUCUGCUUCUCUUGGCUUGAUUACUCUCGCCUGGAUCUCCUCUCUCUCCGUCUCUCUCUCUCUCUCUCUGCUACAUUUUAGUCGCUCGCAAUCGCCUGCGCGCAGAGCAGUCGCCGCUCGGAGCGGCUUUGCUUAAGAAGCGCUAGCUGGGAAAAGGGAACCGCGGCGGGAGGAAAGCGAAGGGGAUCCUCGCUCGCUCGCUCGCUCACUCGCCUGGGCGUGUUGCUCCUGCCGCUGCCGCCGCCUCCUCAGUAGGAGGGGAAGGAAAAAGAAGCAGCUUUUGAGGUUUUCCAAACGUCUUGUUCUUCUUUUAAAUUCAUUCCUCCGCCUUUUUUAUUUUUCCAUGGUUGGGAAUGAUGGCUACCAAGACUUGAACAAGAAGAAAGAGAGGAAGAAAGAGAGGAAGAAAAAACGAGACCUCUCCAAAGCCGGGGGGGACUUGUCUCUGGCUGUGAUGGUGCCAGGGGGGCAGCUGUGACUUGUUUUUGCUUUUUUAUUGCUUUUGUUGUUGUUUUUUAAAAAUUCCCCCUCCCCCAGCUCGUUGCUUUAUUGAUGCCGAUCGGAGGAGCCGCGUUUCCUCCUCCUGUGCCUUCUCUGGCUAUGAUGACCCCGCAGUCUGGGAUCGGAGGGGGAGAAAUGAUUCCUGCGUUUGGCUUUUGAGCGGAAGGUUUUGUUAGUUUUCUCGUUGCCUUCGAUUGUGGUGGUUUGAUCUUCUGGGUCGAGAGCGGGGUUGAGAAGGAAGGAAGAAAAAGGAAAGCAAGAGGAAGCGAGACCAGCAAAGCAAGUGGAGAAGCAAAAAAGGAGGGGAAAACUUUAUUUUCUUUUAAAGGCACCUUUAAUACACUCCCCCCCACCCCCACAUAUAUAUUUUCCGUACUCUGAAGACCUGUGUUUCUCCCUCCGGCGUCCACCUAGAAUCUGCCUGCAUUCAAGCAACGGCGGAGCGACUGGAAGAAAAGCGAGCAAAGAUACACAUACAUGUGUGUAUAUCCAUAUAUCUAUCUCUCUUCCUUUUGCAAGGGGAAAAAGGAGAGACGAGGGAGGUCUGUCUCUUCCUCCCGCCGCCGCUUGCCUCGGCAAAGGGAUUGUUUAGUCGGCUGGAAAAGAAAGCGAGCUGCCGGGCUCUAUCCGAUCCUCUUUCGCUCUCCCGCCUCCGCCUGCAGGGUGUUGUAGUUGCCGUCCUUGUUGUGUGGAUGGAUGUUCCUUUGUGCCAAAGAAGCUGGCUUUCCCUUGAUCGCCCGCCGAAGCCGAUCAAACCCAUCUCGCCUAUGGAUUAAAGACUUGAUCCGCCAGCCCCCACCCCAUCCCCUCCGUCUCUCCCUCGAUCCGCGCCUCGCGCGUAACUCAGCGGACCUGGAGCUGCCUCGUAUCAGGAGUGGCUUGGUAGCAAGCAAGGCUUCUGAAGGCUCAGAGAAACUGUUCUCCCCUGCAGCAACUAAAGGUCCAGCCUUGAAUGACAAGGCCGAAGCAAAAGCAGGGAGCAUCCCCAAGGUGUCCGGGCUGGAGCGCAGUCAGGAACUGAGCACUGAAGUGCCCUUUGUGCUGCCAAUCCACAGCCCCCCGCCAAACACUGUUGUAGUGACUUCCACCUCCUCUGCACCCACGUCGAGUGCUCGGGCAAGCCCGCUGUUGAAGAAAGAGCCAUUGAUCUCAGCACCAGCACCACCAAGACUCACCCCUCAGCCACAGCCUCGGCCUCAGUCGCAACCUCAACCUCGACCUCAGUCACAGCCUCAGCUGCUGCCUGACCUCCGGACCCAACCUCCAAGCCACAUCCCCCCUCCUCUCAGUUACCCAGGGCUUCACCAGGUGGCCCACAACGGACUCAAUAAUAUCAGCAGAAGCAGCAGCGCCAGCAGUGCAACAAGUAUUAGCCUUCCGAAACACCUCCCCAUCUCCCCCCAAAUCCCUCCCCAUCAUUCCUCCGGCCCAGCUUUACCCCUCUCCAUCUCUAACCUUGCUGCCUCGCAUUUCCCUCUCAGAUCGCAGUCCCAACACCAGCACCAUCCGGCCAUGUUUGCCACCCCUCCUACGCUGCCACCUCCUCCAGCGUUACCCACCAACAGCCUUGUGAUCCCUGGUCACCCCGCAGAUCACGAGCUGCUCAGGCAAGAGCUGAAUAAUCGUUUUUUGGUUCAGAGUUCGGACAGGACCGGUGCCUCUCUUGGCCCGGUGCCGCUGCUGAGGGCGGAGUUCCACCAGCACCAACACACCCACCAGCACCAACACACCCACCAGCACACAUUCAGCCAUUUCCCAUCCAGCCUGCCCCAGAUGCCGCCCACUGCACCUCCCCUGCUGCGUGCCCCCUCCCAAAAUUUCGACAAGUACGCUCCCAAACUUGAUAACCCUUAUUUUCGACAUUCCAACUUCUUUCCAAGCUAUCCUCCAGCAAUGCCUGGGAUGCCACCUCUGCUUCCACAUUCAGGUCCUUUCGGGUCACUUCAGGGAGCAUUUCAGCCGAAGACUUCAAAUCCUAUUGAUGUAGCGAGUAGACCAGGAGCAGUACACCAUACUCUUCUGCAAAAGACGCCAGGGGUGUCUGACCCCUAUCGGGCUCCAGUACGAGUAAGUAAGAAGCCUGGCAAGUGGUGUGCUGUUCACGUACAGAUUGCCUGGCAGAUCUACCAUCACCAGCAGAAGAUAAAGUACCUCCUGUGGAAUAUGGAGUGCUAUCCUGUUCAGAGUGAAAUGAGCGGUACGGUGAAGGACAUUUUACAAAACAUAGAGCAGCAAAUGCAACUGGAUCCCCACAAGCUAGAGAUAGGUGGGAAACUUGACCUGUUCAGCAGACCUCCUGCCCCUGGUGUGUUCCCAGGGUUCCAUUAUACUCAAGAUCUCGCCCGGCCACUCUUUUCCACCACAGGUUCUGCCCACUCAACCGCCACUCCUUUCGGCCCUUCACCUCAUCACAGCAGCUUCCUGCCUACUAACCACUUGGCAGGUAGGUAUCCAUUUAGCAGGUCAAGCACCUUCAGCGGCCUUGGGAACUUAGGCAGCAAUGCCUUUGGAGGAUUAGGCAGUCAUACUCUGAGUCACAAUAGCAUUUUUGCUCACAAAGAAGGACCCAAUGUCCAGAGCUUCAACAACCCCCAUGAGCCAUGGAACAGACUCCACCGGACGCCACCAUCGUUCCCAACACCUCCACAGUGGCCAAAGCCCGGCGACUCUGAGCGAAGCUCCUCUGUGACAAACCACGACAGAGACCGAGAGUCAGAGAAGAGAGAGAUAUCUUCAAGUAAAGAAGACAGAGAUAAGGACAGGGACCUUCUGGAUAAAAAUAGGCAUUCAAAUAGAUCUUCGCCAGCUUCAGCCCCAGUGACUCACCAGAUUAGCAACCUCAUUCGCAGCAACAGUCAGACCUCCAGUGAUCUCACCAGGCAAGUUGGCCUCAGUGAAAGAGAAAGGCCUAAGGAACCGGAGAGAGAUAUUUCUGACCGGCUAAGGGAUCCUCCUCCAAUUGUGGAGCACAAGAUCAAAGAGAGCCGCUCCCCAGUGAAAGAACCACCAAGCCAUGAAAAAAGAUCCUCAGAGGACAACACCAAGCCAGUAAUCCAGUCUGUAUCUCCCUAUAGCAAACCUGCACUGAGCGAGAGUUUAAAACUCAGCAAUCUAAUGAACAAGGAUAUUGAAAGAAAGCCAGAGCUUCCAGCAGACCUUCAGAAGAUCAAGAAUGAUAUCAAGGUCAAAGAGGAGCGCAAGGAGGACAGUGACGUGAUGGUUGUGAGCUCAGAACCUUCACAGCAUUCCAGAACUGUUGAACACCCACCACCACCUUCUUUGCAUGGGUUACCAUUGCCCCACACAAUGGCAGCCACCAUGCCCAUCUCCAUGGGCGCUGUCCAUCAGAUGAGCAAUAUGAAUGUCCUGGAUCGUAGCAGAAUGAUGACCCCUCUAAUGGGCAUGAAUCCAUUGCCGGGAAGGGAGCGACUGCCCCAUCCUGGGUUCUCCUGGGACCCCGUGAGGGACCCGUUGCGAGAUGCUUACCGGAGCUUGGACCUGCACCGUCGGAUGGACUUCCAGCUCCGCGCUGAUCCCAUCCAUAGGUUCCCCACCGCCGCUGGGUUCUAUGACCACGAGCGCUCUUACCGAGACAGAGAACCCCACGACUACAACCAUGAGAAUCUUCUUGAAGCACGGCGUGAGCAGGAGCGACUCAGGCAAGCGGAGGAGAGAGAGAGGUUGCACUUACGGGAAGAACUUGAGCGUGCCAGGAUGCAUCACUUGCACUCGUCCCCUAUUGAAAGCCACCUGGCACAUGUGCCAUCUUUCAUGCCUCAUCUCAGUGGGAUGCAUUAUCCCAGACUCAGCCCCUCAGCUGCCAUGCACAAUGGAAUCUUGAAUAGGAACCCACCAACAGCCGCUUUGAGUGCCCCGCCUCCUUUGGUACCAGCUAGUAGUACAAGACCACCCUCCCCCCGCCGGACUACGCCACUCACAAACUCUGAAUCGAGAGACUAUUCUCCUUCUAGGAACCCCAAAGAAGUAGAGGCACGAUAGUCCCUAACAAACAAACAGGAUGAAUUUUAAAACUCACCUGUAAAUAUAAAAGAGGGAGGGGGGGAAGAGACCUUUUAAAAAUGCACUGCUGUAAACUUUUUUUAAACUGUAAAAUUUGUAGAAAUUAAGCACAGUUCCAUUAAUAAUUGGGGAGCAGGAGGGUUAUAGGUUACGAACCUUCCAAGCAAAUGGUUACUGAAAAUUGAAAUUUAAUAUAUAGGUCUUUAUUUCUCCGUUUUGUUUUUGCUUCUGUGCUGAGUUAAAAUAUUACCAGGUUUGUACAUUUUUUCCCAAAUGUGAGAAGCAUUUUUAAUGAAUUUGUAUUUUUUUGUUAAAUUUUGUGUGCUCUUUAUUUACAUAAAGAGCUGCUUUUUUUUUAGUUUAAAUUUUAAUGGCCUCAGAUCCUUAAGUAAAUACAAAAUACACACCCAGGGUUUCUGAAAGUAUUAUUUAUGGAAAUACUGUAGUUUUGUACAGUCCACUGUGAGGUUCCCAAUUGAGGCCACUCACUUUCUCUUGGUACUUUGGAACUGAAGUUACAGAUAUAUAUUAAAAUAAUAAUAAUAAUUAAUAAUAAUGUACAAAAUUGUUUGGUUUUGCCUUAUAUUAUGGAGAAAUGAAUUUUUUUUGACUUCUUGUUUUAAACAACAAAAAAGAAAACAAUAUGUAAAUAUUCUGUUAAUAUAAAUGUACACCAAUAUUGAAUUCUUAACAUAGGUAGACUUUAUAAAAAAUGGUUUUUAGAACCACUCUCUGGUUAUUUGUUAACAUUAUUCCAACACAUCAUUGUCACUGUCUUUGAAAACAAACAAAGAACCCCAACUAUGGCACAAAACCUUCAACUAUGCAAAAUAACUUGGAGGCAGGUCCUGGUUGAUGUGAGGGUAGGCAAAAAAGCAUUUACAAAAAUAUACACACACACCCUGAAAAACCGCCCCAAAUGCAUUCAAUGUAAGCAUGCAGCUUCGUAGGAAAAGGGCGAUCGUUACGGGAAGAGGAAACUUGUUCUACCGCAAAACAAACCCUACAGUGUUUAUCUAAAUCAUAAUUUCAAUUUUGUUUUGUGUGCCUAACACACGGAUGUUCAAUAAACGUAAGGAAAAGA